CCGAACUAGUUCCGCUUAACGGCAGCGCGCGACAAAAUGUCAAAAAACGUCAAUGCCGAAUAUUGAAGCAAAAACUACUUUUGCAUUUUCCGAGGACUUUCGAGGACGAGUUUAGAAAAUUUAAAAACCAAUAUGUGCCGACAAGCUGUUUGGGACUGGCUGGUGCUGCUGACGAUGGAAAAGUACGUAGAAAAAUUUUUGGAGCAUGGCUACGACUGCAUUGCCCAGUGCAAGCUCAUCAUCCACUCCGAUCUUGUCAUGCUGGGUGUGGAUAAUGUAAGUCACCGGAAGUUGUUGCUCCACGGUGUCCAGCUCCUGACUAACUCACCAGAGUUCACCCGCUUGGAGUCCUGCGAGCUGCAUUGUCUUUCGGAGAGGGAAAAGGAAAGCCUUUUUGAAGGGUCUACUGCCGCCAAUUACUUUGAACUUUCUAGUUUUUUGGAUAAGUCAGGGAAACUGGAUGAGGCUUCGUUACUGGAGCUCCCUAAAAUACCCUUAAUCGUGGGCACCAUCGGGUCACCGGAUCAAGAUAUACUUCCUGUGAUGCCGGGUGGCAUAAAAUGUGGGGAGACUAUAGAAAUUCCGGAGUCAUACGAUUCAAACUGUAUUCCUUUCGAUUAUAUGUACAAAUACUGUUGAAGAUCUCCGGGAAAUUCACUAUUACUUUGUAAUGUUAUUGACUAAGCAUGAAGAAAUCCAGUUACUCCUUGGUGGAUAUCUGCCUUUAGAAUAAAUGAUUAGUUAUAAAAAAAAUCCUAAUACUCUUAUCAUUUUACUUUUAA